AUGACCACCUACUACUCCGAGACAGUUGGCCUCGAACGCACAGACCCUUCAUUGUGGCGGCUUCGCACCGAUAGCCUCGGACGCGAACUCUGGGCGUAUCUCUCGCCGGAAGAGGCUGCGCUCGAACCACAGUCUACCUACGUGCAACACCUUCUCCAGGUGCCCGAAUUUCCGGCGCCGAAGCCGUUGCGUGCGCGGACACCGUUUGCCGCUGCACAGAAUGGUGCGGACUUCCUCGCACUUCUCCAGGAGGACUCGGGGGUGUUUCCGUGCCAGUACAAAGGCCCGAUGUUCAUGACGAUCGGCUACGUCGCGUCGCACUACUUUACGAAAACGGAAAUCCCAGCUCACAUCAAAAUUGAGCUCAUCCGCUACAUUGUCAACACGGCGCACCCCGUGGAUGGCGGCUGGGGGUUGCACUCUGUAGACAAAUCAACCUGCUUCGGGACCACGAUGAACUACGUGAUUCUUCGUUUGCUCGGGCUCCCCGCGACACACGUGGUUGUGCGCAAGGCACGUAAGACUCUCCACCGCUUGGGUGGUGCGAUCGGCAACCCGCACUGGGGCAAGGCGUGGUUGGCACUUUUGAACUUGUACUCGUGGGAAGGCGUCAACCCGGCGCCGCCAGAGAUGUGGAUGCUUCCGUACGCGGUACCGAUCCACCCCGCGCGCUGGUGGGUGCAUACGCGCGCUAUCUACCUCCCUCUUGGCUAUCUUUCGCUGUCGCGUGCGCAGUGCGCGCUUGAUGAUCUCUUGUCGGCGAUCCGCACGGAAAUCUACACACAGGACUACGCAAGCAUCGACUUCAGCCGUCACCGUGACACCGUGUGCGGAGUUGAUCUCUACUACCCGCACACUACGCUCCUCAACACCCUAAACGCGGGCUUAGUGGUGUACGAGAAGUACCUCCGCCCGAACUGGUUGUUGAAGCGUGCGCACCGCCGCGUGUUUGAGCUCAUCCAGAAGGAGGUUGAGAAUACCGACGGGUUGACUAUCGCACCGGUUUCGCACGCGUUCGACUUGAUUGUCGCGUAUAUCGAGGGUGGCAAGGACUCCCCGACGUACAAAAUGCUCUACAGCCGUGUUAAUGACACGCUUUUCCACGGCCCCCAGGGCAUGGUGGUGAUGGGUACCAACGGUGUGCAGGUAUGGGAUGCGGCAUUCGCGGUGCAGUAUCUCUUCAUGGCAGGGCUUGCAGAGUUGCCGCGUUAUCGCGGCGUGGUUGCGCGCGCGUACACACUUUUGCUCCACUCGCAGUUCGACACCGAAUGCGUGCCGGGCAGUUUCCGCGAUGCACGCGACGGUGGUUGGCCGUUUUCCACCAAGACGCAGGGCUACACCGUCAGCGACUGCUCGGCCGAGGCAUUGAAGGCAAUCAUCAUGGUGAAAAACUCGCCUGUCUUUGGCGAUCUCCCGCAGAUCGAAGACACUCGCUUGCACGCGACGGUGGAUGUUUUGUUGAGUCUCCAGAAUACCGGGUCUUUCCACUUUGGGUCCUUUUCCACCUACGAGAAGAUCAAGGCCACCCCUAUGUUGGAGUUAAUCAAUCCGGCGGAGGUUUUUGGUAACAUUAUGGUGGAAUACCCAUAUGUGGAGUGCACCGACUCCUGUGUUCUCGGCUUGACCUACUUUAGGGAGCACUAUGACUACCGCGCCGCGGAAGUUGACGCUGCGAUUGCUAACGCGAUUGACUACAUUGUAUCGCUGCAAGAGCCAGACGGCUCGUGGUACGGGUGCUGGGGGAUCUGCUUCACCUAUGCUGGUAUGUUUGCACUUGAGGCGUUGGAAACUGUCGGACGUACGUAUCAGAAUGAUGCCACGGUCAAGAAGGGGUGCGACUUUUUGGUUGCACGCCAGCUCAUAGAUGGCGGCUGGGGCGAGAGCAUGAAGUCAUGCGAAACCCAUACAUAUGUUUCGACGCGUGCGGCGUUGGUCGUGCAAACUGCCUGGGCCGUAAUCGGAUUGUUGCUCGCGCAGUACCCGGACCGCACAGUGAUAGCGCGCGGGGUGAAGGUGUUGAUGGAGCGGCAAAAAGAGAAUGGGGAGUGGGUGUUUGAGGAACCGGAGGGCGUGUUUAACCAUUCAUGCGCGAUUGAGUACGCGAGUUAUAAGUUUUUGUUUCCCAUCAAGGCGUUGGGAUUGUGGUGUGCGCGCUAUGGGGAUGGGCCGAUCCAUUAG